AUGCCUAGGUACACGGUGCACGUGCGCGGGGAAUGGCUGGCCGUGCCCUGCCGGGACGCGCAGCUCACCGUGGGCUGGCUGGGCCGCGAGGCCGUCAGGAGGUAUGUCAAGAACAAGCCAGACAACGGCGGCUUCGCCUCGGUGGACGACGUGCGCUUCCUCGUGCGCCGGUGCAAGGGCCUGGGCCUCCUGGACAACGAGGACCCGCUGCAGGUGGCCCUGGAGGACAACGAGUUCGUGGAAGUGGUUAUAGAAGGGGAUGCCAUGUCUCCAGACUUCAUUCCAUCACAACCAGAAGGAGUUUACCUAUACAGCAAAUACCGGGAGCCUGAAAAGUACAUUGCCUUAGAUGGGGACAGCCUGACCACAGAGGAUCUGGUCAACUUGGGAAAAGGACACUACAAAAUAAAGCUCACACCAACUGCUGAAAAGAAGGUGCAAAAAUCCAGGGAAGUCAUAGAUAGCAUCAUAAAAGAAAAAACUGUUGUUUAUGGUAUCACUACAGGUUUUGGGAAAUUUGCCAGAACUAUAAUUCCUGUCAAUAAGCUAGAAGAGCUCCAGGUCAACCUAGUACGUUCACAUUCUUCAGGUGUUGGGAAACCACUCAUCCCUGAGCGAUGUCGGAUGCUCCUGGCUUUAAGGAUCAAUGUCUUAGCCAAAGGAUACAGCGGCAUUUCCUUGGAGACCCUCCAACAAGUUAUUGAAGUAUUUAAUGCCUCCUGUCUGCCCUACGUUCCAGAGAAAGGAACCGUUGGUGCCAGUGGAGACCUUGCGCCACUCUCUCAUCUUGCUCUUGGGCUAAUUGGAGAAGGGAAGAUGUGGUCUCCAAAGAGUGGCUGGGCUGAUGCUAAAUAUGUCUUGGAAGCUCAUGGAUUGAAACCAGUUGUUUUGAAACCAAAAGAGGGCCUGGCACUCAUCAAUGGGACACAGAUGAUCACCUCCCUGGGCUGUGAAGCUGUGGAGAGAGCCAGUGCUAUUGCACGUCAGGCUGACAUCGUGGCGGCCCUGACCCUUGAGGUGCUGAAGGGCACCACCAAAGCCUUCGAUACUGACAUUCAUGCUGUUCGCCCUCAUCGUGGACAGAUUGAAGUUGCUUUUCGGUUUCGGUCACUUUUGGACUCUGAUCACCACCCUUCUGAAAUAGCAGAAAGCCACAGGUUCUGUGAUCGUGUUCAAGAUGCAUACACCUUGCGCUGCUGUCCACAGGUCCAUGGUGUGGUGAAUGACACAAUAGCAUUCGUGAAGAACAUCAUUACCACAGAACUUAACAGUGCAACAGACAACCCUAUGGUAUUUGCCAGUAGGGGCGAGACUAUUUCUGGAGGAAACUUCCAUGGUGAAUACCCAGCCAAGGCCCUGGACUAUUUGGCCAUUGGAGUCCAUGAGCUUGCUGCUAUUAGUGAAAGAAGAAUCGAACGGCUCUGUAACCCCUCCCUCAGCGAGCUGCCUGCCUUCCUGGUUGCCGAGGGUGGUCUGAACUCGGGAUUCAUGAUCGCACAUUGUACGGCCGCAGCCCUUGUUUCUGAGAACAAGGCCCUGUGCCACCCCUCGUCAGUGGACUCUCUCUCCACCAGCGCUGCCACGGAGGACCACGUCUCCAUGGGAGGAUGGGCAGCAAGGAAGGCACUUCGGGUCAUCGAGCACGUGGAGCAAGUGCUGGCCAUCGAACUUCUGGCGGCCUGCCAGGGCAUAGAGUUUCUACGCCCUCUGAGAACAACUACUCCUCUGGAAAAAGUAUAUGACCUGGUGCGCUCUGUUGUAAGGCCCUGGAUAAAAGAUCGCUUCAUGGCCCCAGACAUUGAGGCAGCACACAGGCUGCUCCUGGAACAGAAGGUUUGGGAAGUAGCUGCACCAUACAUAGAAAAAUACAGAAUGGAGCAUAUUCCAGAAUCCAGACCAGUUUCUCCAACGGCCUUUUCACUGGAAUUUCUACAUAAGAAAUACGUCAAAAUCCCAGAGUCUGGGGAUCUUUAAUGGGCUUUGUCACGCAUUAGCAGAUCAGGUAGUACUUUAACAGCAAGCAGUAUUAUGCUGAGGAAGAGAUCUGAGAACUUUCCUGGGUAGAUCAAUCCAUUUUAUCAUUCAGUUCUUCUAAAACCUACUGUGGUUAGGCUGGUGACCCGAUUAGGUGCUAACUGUGGCACUGUGUUCUUGUUGACCUGGUCUGAGACACACCAGCUGUUUUCAGAUUAUAGUUUUCUUUCUUUCUUAACAGUAUCAACAGGCCACAGGCCACAGGCCACUUAACGUUAUUUGAAUUCAUACAUGUUAAAUGGUAUCUGGAAACAGAUAGAUGGCAUUCUUUUCCAAACACAUUAGACUUUUGUAAAUCUUUUUUGUUUGUUGACAAGCUCUCCAGUGGAUAACUUUGGUUGAAUUACACCACAGUAUGAUGACUGUUCUUUAAUAGGCCUUGAUAAACAACUAGUUUUGAACUCAUAAGUUGUCCUCUUCCUUCUAUUAAUUGAAUUAUAGUCUAGUCAACAGGUCAACAAGAGGUUUUGUACAAAGGAUCUAAGGAAUGAAUAUAGAGAUUGCCAUUAGAAUCGCCCUUGUAGAUAUUUAUCAAAUAUCACUAUAUAUCUCAAAAAAAAAACCCUUUUA